GUCGGAUAAAUAGCUCUUGAGAUCCCGGCCGCCACUGACGCAAGUAGCCGGUCUGAGUGAAGAAGCCAAGGGCGCUGCUCUGCUCGUGCGAUCAAGACUCUUAAAAGUCGAAGAAAAGGAAAAACAUCAAAUGCAAAUCAACGAUCCGGUGUGUGGUUUUAGUGUUGUCGGUUUAGUUUGAUGCAGCUUCGAGUCAAUUCUUUACUUUACAACGACCUGUUUUUAAUCUUCCCAGCAGGAUACUACAUUCCUAUUCGCUCUACAACUUACUUGCGCCAACAUUCAAGGAGAACCAGUACUUUCUCGUAGCCAGAGUGUUCUGCAAGGGAGACGGUAAGACCUUUCAAAUUCAAUUUUGUCAAAAUGGGUGCCUUGACGCAGGACCACUUGCAGACUAUCGGUCUGGUGGAAAGCUUGCCUCCUCCGACACCUGGGACAGCACCUGGGGCGGCUUCUCAGCAAAAGCAGCAGAGCAAACGGACAACGUGUCAGGAGUCGAAGCAGCCAGGAACCGGCGACGACAAAAAUAAAGGAAACAAUGCUGAGAAACAAGAGCAGAAAUCAGGAAAAGGGGGUUCGCGGAAACCGAAUUCCUCACCGUCCCCAAACGGGGAAAGCGACGGCAAGAAGCCAAAGAGCGACAAGCCCGCAACUGCAGCCGCACCCGUAGCGGAGAGUGAGAACAAGCCUGCCGCAAAGCCAGCAGGGGAGCAGCCGGAAGUUUUCCUGGCCGAGGAAAAGGACGAGUCGACGCUGAAAACGCGGCUCCUUUACAUGGAAGACCUAAAGUGGACUGAAGUUUACGAGUACCAAAGCGAUUCUUCUUCGGCCCCGGCGAAAAUUUUAGGAGUACAGCUUCCAGCCGGAGCAAGUACUACUGCGACUGGCACGCCCACUUCUACACUGUCGUGCAGCAUCGCUUUGUCCGAAUCCAUUUUCCAUGCGCAGGGCGGCGGACAGCCGACCGAUGUGGGCACGAUUACAAUGGAGGUAGAGGGUGUAGCGGGCACGACCUUCACGUUCACAGUUUCCAUGGUGCGGAAUUGCAAGGAGAAAACUGGACUCGUCUGGCACGACGGGGAACUUGCAGCAGCGGGCGGUUCUUCAUCUUCCGGCGUCCCCUCGAGAGACCUGUUGACUUCUCUGGUCGGGAAAUCCUGCACCUCCUGUCUGUUCCAGAUCGACGGCCAAGCGCGCCUCUUGAACGCCAGACUCCACACGGCGGGCCAUUUGAUUGACGUCGCGGUCUCGCGAGUGGGGAUGAAGUCGUGGCGACCGGCAAAAGGUACUUACUACAUUAGAAGAAAAUGUGACAGAUACCUACGACAAUAAAUUUUCCGUACCGAGUGAUAAUUUCAAUUUCAUCGUCAUGGACCUACUUGUUCCAUUGACGGAUCGAUGAUGUUGGUCUGCGAGAACUGGAAACUCUAUAACUAUAAGCUCGCGACUCCUUAACCUUAUUUACCUCUUCCUUUUCGCAGGUUACCACUUUCCUGACGGGCCCUACGUCGAGUACGUUUUCCCCCUGGAAGAGAAGGACGAGAUUAACAAGGACAAAGCCGGGCUCCAGCAGAAGAUCGAGGACGCGAGCAACGAACUGAUCAAGACGGCGCUGGUGGAAGAAAAUCCGAACAUCAAGUCCUUCGUCAAGGCUGGCGUGCGACACGUGGACACCUGCGGCAUCGAGUGCCACUGCGGCGGCACGCACGUGGAUUCCAUCGCCAAGAUUGGGAAGGUCAGCAUCGGAAAAAUCGAGCUGAAAAAGGACCGGGCACGGGUCAAAUACAGAAUCGAGGAAGCUACAGCGAGUAUGUGCUGAAGGCCGGCUACUUCUGGCGCGGUUUAAUAUUCUCUUCAUGCGAACAGUGAAGAUGCAGAAACACCAAGACGAAGAGCCCCCUGGCGAUGUGUUGAAUAAGCGUAAGAAUUUCUGGAAAGAAUUGAAAGCCCAAGUAGAAGAUAAAGAAGAAAAACCUUCUGUGAUUUCCUACUUCAUCUCUUCCCACGCCCAGAGAAAGCUUCUUGAGUCCCCGACGUUUCCUCCCUGGCCACUCUCAGUUCUACCUCACAAACUGUAUCCGUAUUCCCAAAAACCUGCAUUCGUACCCUCCUUGCCGCGACGACGACAUGAAGAUCUAUUUCGUAAGUACGAAGGAAAGAAACUACGGUUGCGCCGCAGAUGUUGAGCGCGUUUGAUGUCAU